AUGCUCGGAGGUAUUAGCAACGAGCCCACGCCUUCCCCUCCAACCGUGCUUUCCACAGCUCCCCCCCCCUCUGUGCUCGUGCUCUGUUCCCCUGACCGCCUACUCGGACUGCAGCUCUUGGCCCUCCUUGACUCACUGCCCGCCCACACUGCUCCGCCUGCUCCUGUAUGUCCCCUUGAAGAGUCGCCUGCUGUGGAAUAUCCUCGUGUGCAGGGAUCAUCUGAUGGCAUGUUGCCGGAGACUGCAGCAGUGGUGCGAACGCAGGCGAGGGGUGCAGCUGGUGGUGCAGGGGACGUUCGGGCAGCUGGUGAUGCAUCGCUGCAGGAGGAGGAACUCCAGCAAAGCGCGAUGCAGCAGCAAGAGCAGACUCUAAACCCUGACGUGGCAGCACUGCUGUCUGACAUACGAGUGGUGGUGGUGGAUGACGUGGAUGGGCUCGUGGCUGCCACCUGGCAUGGGGAUGGCUGCUCCAGCAGCAGUAGUGACAUCAGCAGCGCGAGUAGCAGCAGUGGUGACAUCCGAACUACAGCCAGCGGCACACUUGAGGCCGUUCUAGCUCGCAUAGUACCGCACUCCACCAUGCAUCACCACCCGUCUGCUCGGAUCCGCCUUGCAGCAUCUGGACCUCUCACAGCCGUUGGAUGCUCCACAGCUCUUUGGAUCCUGCCGUUCAUCUUCAUCCGUGCGGCCCUCCAUCCUGUCUCAUCCCCAUCAGCAUCCCAAUCGCCACCACCACCACAAAGCUCAUCGCCUGCCCUGUCAGCACCAUCACCCUCCCCCCCUCCCCUCACUCCCUCCUCCCUCCACCUGCUCCUGCAAUCGCUCCUAGCAGCGGGCCUGCACCACCACGCACAGCACCUCUUCUCCCUCUCCCUCCUCCCCCCUUCCUCCCUCCAUCCCACCCUGCACACCACAGCCCAAGCUGCACUAGAGGCCAGAACAAAAGGGGGAGAGCAGGGGAGAGAGAGCAGGGGGGAAGCGGGGUACGAUCCAUGGGUGCACUUUCUCAUGGGUAGUCCACAGGCAGCAGGCCCUCCCGUGGAUUUGGGUGCAUCAUCAGGGAUGCGUGGUGGUGACUUGGUGCCUUGCCCCCGCCUGCCGUGUCCAGAUUCAGAGUCUUUGGAUUUGAUGCUGCGAGCCAUGGCAAGAGAUGGCAGGGACUUGUUUGACCUGCUGCGAUUGGUGCGCCUCACUCAUGCUGCCAUGGAUAGAGCACAUGCUGACGUGGACAGCGCACAUACUGACGUGGACAGUGCACAUGCUGACGCGGACAGGACGCAUCUUGACAUGGCAGAAGAAAACCCGGCUCAUGCUGCAACUGCUCAUGGGGCAGGUAGCAGCAGCAAGCACCCCCCUUCGCGGACCCACACUCUCAGCGCAUCAGCUUAUAGCAGUCUGAUACGCGCGUGUGUGAAUGGGGGGCAAGUGAAAGAGGCGCGGAGAUUGCUGAGGGACAUGGAGAGGAGGGGAGUGCCGCCCACACAGGCAGCAGUCAACAUGAUCGCUCACAUGCAUUUCUCCCACGCCGACCCUGAUGCCGCCCUCUCGCUCCUGGAACAUGUGCGGGCCGCGCACAAGCUGCCGAUGAAUGCCGCCCUGCUGACGACGUAUCCGAAUGUGCGGACAUGGAAUGCGUUGAUGCAUGGGUAUGCGAUCAAAGGGGAUGCAGAUGCUGCUGAAGGCGUGCUGGGACUCAUGCAGGGGGACGGAGGAGUCAUGAUGGGUGGAGAGCGGUUAGGGGAAGGAGGAGGAGAGAUAGGGAUGGGGGGGGAUGGUGGGUGGGGUGAGGAGGAGGAGGAGGAGGAGGGAAGCGAGAGCGAUGGGACUGGGGAAGAAGGGUUUUGGGAUGGAGAUGAAGAUGUGCGGCCCAACACUGUGACAUACACCACACUCAUGGCAGCAUAUGCAGCGGCGGGGAGGAGUGCAGAGGUGUGGGACGUGUACAGAGAGAUGCGAUCCCUCUCCAUCCCUCCCAACCACUUCACCUUUGCUACCCUCGUCUCCUCCUGUGCCGCCCGCAACCGCCCGGAUCUCAUUGAGUCGGUACUCGCUGAUGUGGCGGCGUGUCAGCAGCGUGCUGACGUGGCGCUGGUGACGAGCGUGCUGGCAGGUGUAGCGGGGUGUUGCAGCGAGAGAAAGGAGGAGGCGGGGAGGGUGUUGAGGUGGUUUCUGGGGGAGGUGGAGAGCGAAGGGGGCGUGGGGGAGGCAUGUGCUCGCCUGAUCCUGGAAGAUGGCCUAUUUGAUGCUCAGAAGGAGGUGGCAGGCCGAAAGGGUGCUGGAGAGGCGAUGACAACAACCCGACACAGUGGAGGGGGUGGUGCGACCGAGCUGGUCCACUUAGGUGGUGACACAUGGCAGCUGGACGUGCGGCGGCUGUCGUACGGAGGGGCGGCAGUGGCGCUGAACCAAUGGCUGGUGAAGCUGCAGCGUGUCGUGCUCUGCACUGAUACGGCACGGCGGCAAGUGGGCGCUGCUGCUGGCAGCGAUGGUUCGGAGCAGUGGAAUAGGAGCGAGACCCGCCACCAUAGAGACGGGACAAGCCACAGGGGAGAGGGAUCAGUCCAGAGCGGUGAGGCAGAUGCAGGGAAAGUGGCAGAGGCAGGGGCAGAGGGAGAGGUAGAGGGAGGAGGGCCGGAGCUACUGGUGCAACUAGCGCCGGCAGCGGCAUGGCAGCGAGUGCUGGGGGAGGGGCGGGUGCGGCAGGCGGUGAUGCAGGAGGUGGGGCGGCUGGGACUGCCCUUGGGGGUGGGGGGGCGGGGACAGCAGCAUGUGGGGCGGCUGACUGCGUUUGGACCGGAUCUGGUGGCGUGGCUGAGAGGGCCGCAUGCUGCUGCCAUGCUGCAACUGGUGGACCAUGACUGGUAG